GAGCGAGCGAGAGAGACCCUGCGUGACGGGGCGCGAGAGGCGUCCGCGCGCUCCAUGAUGGCGGCUGGGAGGCAGCCGCGGCAGGAGCAGCAGCAGCAGCAGCAGCAGCCGGAGCUCCGGAGCCCCGUGUGGCGGCGGGUGCUGGAGCUGGGUCUUCCGCCCCGUAGCUAAAAGGCAGCGCCCGGGCCCUGCGCAGAUGGGGAGCGGGAGCAGCGGUUGCGAAAGAGGGCGGCGGAGGCGGCAGCAGCAGCGGCUACUACCAGCACCACCACCACCAUCUCCUUCCCAGCAGUUGGAUUAACUAAGUGGCGGCAUAUAUAUUUUUUUUGUUUCCUUCCAUAUUUUAUUUUUUACUUCAUUUUUUUUUAAAAGUUCAAGGGACGGGGCAAAAAAAGGAGGGAAACUCCUCGCCAGCAGCACAGGGGCUUGCGAGGCACCGUCAGACCGGCCGGUCGAGGGGAUGUGGCGGUGGAUCCGACAGCAGCUGGGUUUUGACCCACCUCAUCAAAGUGAUAACCGAACAAUUUAUAUUGCAAAUCGCUUUCCCCAGCAUGGCCAUUACGUUCCUCAGAAGUUUGCAGAGAAUAGAAUAAUUUCUUCUAAGUACACUGUAUAAAAUUUUGUUCCCAAAAAUUUAUUUGAGCAGUUCAGAAGAAUAGCCAACUUUUAUUUUCUUAUUAUAUUUUUGGUUCAGCUUAUGAUAGAUACACCUACAAGUCCAAUUACCAGUGGAUUGCCAUUGUUUUUUGUAAUAACAGUAACAGCCAUAAAGCAGGGAUAUGAAGAUUGGUUGCGGCAUAAAGCAGACAAUGAAGUGAAUGGAGCUCCAGUGUACGUUGUACGUAGCGGUGGCCUUGUUAAAACUAGAUCAAAGAAUAUUCGGGUGGGCGAUAUUGUCAGAGUAGCCAAAGAUGAAACUUUCCCAGUCGAUCUUGUACUUCUGUCCUCUGAUAGACCAGACGGCUCUUGUUAUGUUACUACUGCGAGCUUGGAUGGAGAAACAAAUCUUAAGACACAUGUUGCCGUCCCAGAAACCGCAGUAUUGCAGUCAGUUGCCAAGCUGGACAAACUUGUUGCCGUUAUAGAAUGCCAGCAACCAGAAGCAGAUCUUUACAGAUUUGUUGGACGAAUAACAAUAAGUCAUCAGAUUGAAGAUGUAGUACGACCACUUGGACCUGAAAGUCUCUUACUUCGAGGAGCAAGACUGAAAAACACAAGAGAAAUCUUUGGUGUUGCAGUAUAUACAGGCAUGGAAACAAAGAUGGCAUUAAAUUACAAGAGCAAAUCACAGAAACGAUCAGCAGUUGAAAAGUCUAUGAAUUCCUUUUUGAUUAUCUAUCUAAUAAUCCUCCUUUUUCAAGCCAUCCUAAGUACGAUAUUGAAAUACGCUUGGCAGUCUGAAGAAAAGUUGAAUGAACCUUGGUAUAACCAGCUAACUAACCAUGAAAGAAACAGCAGUAAGAUCCUGAGCUUUAUUUCAGAUUUCCUUGCUUUCAUGGUACUCUACAACUUUAUUAUACCCAUUUCACUCUACGUGACUGUUGAGAUGCAGAAGUUUCUUGGAUCUUUCUUUAUUGGUUGGGACCUUGAUCUCUAUCACGAGGAAACAAAUGAGAAGGCACAAGUCAAUACUUCAGAUCUCAAUGAAGAGCUGGGACAGGUGGAGUAUGUGUUUACAGAUAAAACCGGCACAUUAACUGAAAAUGUGAUGCAGUUUCGAGAGUGUUCCAUUAAUGGCAUCAAGUACCAAGAGAUCAAUGGCAAGCUGGUUCCAGAAGGACUGGUUGAGAGUGCUACAGAUGGAAAACCGCCUAGGCUGAAUCAAGAGGAAGAACUUUUCCUGAAAGCUGUUUGUCUUUGUCAUACAGUGCAAAUUAAUACUGACCAAGCUGAUGGCAUUGCGGACGGUCCUUGGUGUAGUAAUGGCUCCUGUCGGCUGGAGUACUAUGCUUCCUCUCCAGAUGAAAAGGCUUUAGUUGAAGCUGCCUGCAGGGUAGGUGUUGUAUUUACUGGAGCAAGCACAGAAAGUAUGGAGCUUAAAAGCUGUGGAAAGGCUGAAAGGUACAAAUUACUACAUGUUUUGGAGUUCGAUGCAGAUCGCAGAAGAAUGAGUGUAAUUGUAGAAAGUCCAUCAGGUGACAAACUUUUAUUCACCAAAGGAGCAGAAUCUGGUAUUCUUCCUCGCAGUAAAGGUGGAGAAGUGGAAAAAACAAGAAUUCAUGUGGAUGAAUUUGCUUUGAAAGGAUUGAGAACUCUGUGUGUGGCGUACAGGAAAUUCACACCUAAGGAGUAUCAGGAGGUGGAAAAACGUCUUUUUGAGGCCAAAACUGCCUUGCAGCAGAGAGAAGAACGGCUGGCAGAGGUGUACGACUUCAUAGAAAAAGACCUGGACUUACUUGGAGCUACAGGAGUAGAAGACAAACUCCAGGAUAAAGUCCAAGAAACAAUAGAAGGCCUUCGACUGGCAGGCAUCAAAGUGUGGGUGCUGACGGGUGACAAGCAGGAAACGGCUGUCAGUGUCAGCUUGUCAUGUGGCCACUUCCAUAGAACUAUGAAUAUCCUGGAACUUGUGCAGCACAAAUCUGACAGUACAUGUGCAGAGCAGCUGAGACAACUAGCCAGGAGAAUAAAGGAGGACCACGUCAUCCAGCAUGGGCUGGUGGUGGACGGGACCAGCCUCUCCCUUGCACUCAGGCAGCAUGAGAAGCUCUUCAUGGAAGUCUGUAGAAACUGCUCUGCGGUGCUCUGUUGUCGCAUGGCCCCUCUGCAGAAAGCAAAGGUUGUACGACUGCUGAAGACCUCCCCAGAGAAACCUAUCACAUUAGCUAUUGGUGACGGGGCUAAUGAUGUUAGCAUGAUACAGGAAGCUCAUGUUGGUAUAGGUAUCAUGGGCAAAGAAGGAAGACAAGCUGUUAGAAACAGUGACUAUGCAAUAGCAAGGUUUAAAUACCUUUCCAAGUUACUUUUUGUCCAUGGCCAUCUUUACUACAUUAGGAUAGCAACCCUUGUACAGUAUUUUUUUUACAAGAAUGUGUGCUUUAUCACACCACAGUUUUUAUAUCAGUUCUUUUGUUUGUUUUCACAACAAACUCUAUAUGACAGUGUUUACCUGACUUUGUACAACAUUUGUUUCACCUCCCUGCCUGUCCUCAUGUACAGUCUUUUUGAACAGCACAUGCACCCUCAUGUAUUACAUAGCAAGCCAACACUCUAUCGAGAUAUCAGUAAAAAUGCCCACUUGGGCUUUAAACCGUUCCUUUACUGGACCCUUCUGGGAUUUAUUCAUGCCUUUGUGUUCUUCUUUGGCUCAUAUCUUCUGAUGGGAGAAGACACGUCUUUGCUAGGAAAUGGCCAGAUGUUUGGAAAUUGGACCUUUGGUACUCUGGUCUUCACAGUUAUGGUUAUAACAGUUACAAUGAAGAUGGCUUUGGAGACUCAUUUCUGGACUUGGAUAAACCAUUUUGUUACCUGGGGUUCCAUUGUGUUUUAUUUUGUAUUCUCCUUGUUCUACGGUGGAAUUAUCUGGCCAUUUUUGCAUACCCAAGAUAUGUACUUCGUAUUUGUUCAGUUGCUAUCCAGUGGUUCCGCUUGGUUUGCCAUAAUCAUCAUCGUUGUUACUUGUUUGUUUCCUGAUGUUGUGAAAAAAGUACUAUACAGACACCUGAAACCCACAAAUACAGAAAAGGCUCAGCUUAUUGAAACAAGUGGCAGUAUCAACUGCUUGGACUCCAUGUGUUGCUUCUCAGAUGGGGAAACAGCAUGCGCACCUCUUAGAAGAAUGUUGGAGCGAAUAAUGGGAAGAUGCAGCCCGACUCGCGUCACCAGAUCAUGGAGCUCUACGGAACCCUUCUAUACCAACGACCGAAGCAUCUUGACGCUGUCCACAAUGGACUCAGUUACAUGUUGAGACUUUUCUCGAUGGAAAUUCAUGUGUAUAUUCUGACAAUAGGUUAAAAGUGGGUUGAGUCCAUUUCCCUGUUUUAAAAAAAUCUACUGACCCUGCAGAGUCACAUAAGGAACUUUGCUCUACUGAACUGUCUUAGCGUCUCCCAGCUGAUUAAAAGAAGAAUUGAAGGUUAUUCUUUCUUCUGGGUCCCAUACCAACAGCUUGGGUGAAAUUGGUGGCAUUCCUUUUGGAUGUCACUCUGAUACUGCAACCAAGUGGUUGUACUCAAAUAAGGAUUGUCUUCUGUUUGAAGUUCUUGGCUUUUUUAGUCUUGUUUUGGAAAGGCUAUUUAUUGAAGCUUAUUAACAUUGUUCCAGUGGAUACUCUUGGUUUUCCAUGGUCAAGUUGAAGGACAAUACAGUAAAAUCCUUCAAAGCAGGGAGGGUGCAACUGCUCCCAAAUACCCCUAACUUGUGAAGAUAAUCAAGAUAUUAUGAGUUGGCCCCAUGGAGUUGAUAGCUCUCAUAUUUUUAAACAAUGGAAAUUAAUCCUCUUCAUGUAUUUUGUUUGCUAAUCCUGAAAGAUUCUAAACAUGGAAAAUCACAAAGAAGCCAUAACAAAUAAAGUAUAAUCCCAUAUACUUUAUUUGAAAAGGGCAUGUUUUAUUCAUAUCUGAGCUGGGUGUAUGUUGCUGGGUUUUUUUUCCCCUUCAAUAUUUAUUUAUUCAGCAAUACUAUACUGCUCAUGAGAGCACUUAAAAGAUGAUGUUUUGCCUUAAGUUUUUGCAGAGGCUGCAGAAGUCAUGGCCAUGUUUAUGCAUCGUUAAUAUCAAUUGAAGCUUUAUGGGGCUGCACAAUAUAUUGGCUGAGAUCCUGCUGUGUGGUUAUACAAUAUACCUUUUGGAUAUGAAUGGCCAUAAGUUUAAAAAAAUUCUGUAAGCAGUAUUGUUUUGGGGUCAAGUCACACAACACAGUAUACAGCUAAUGUCUAUGGAGAUUUCUUAACAGCGGUGCACUUCCAAAUGCUAUUCCAUUUGUGUAACUAACUGCACAACAAUGGCUAUAUUGUAGUCUAAAAUGUAGUCUAAAUGCAAUGAACAUGUGUGUGUGCAUGACUUGCUCCACCGCCACCAUCUUUUUCUACUCAUUUUGAGUCAGAGUCUGCUUUUGUGCCAGAGGGUGGCAAAUGAACCAGAAAUUCCUAAAAUACCCAGCCACUAUGGCCAGGUAUCCUGAAUGUUGUGGUCCAAAGAAGUAACCUUUUCCAUUUCUGACACCAGACGUGUAACAAAACUAUCCCCACGUCAUCUUACAACCUCUGUUGAACGAUAACAUGCACCAACGCCAUGGCAUUCAACUUUCCCUCUGCAUCUCCCAUUUCACUAGCUGCUGUUUGGAGAGAAUGGGAAAUGGAGUGCAUUGCACAUCUUUUAUCAGACAUUAUUGGUGUGAUGUCGGAUUGCUUGCCCUUGUAAUGUCUGCUUUGGAAAUCCUGUAUCCUCAUCCGCCACACCAUGUCCUCCAAAGGUUUGUUGAGUGUAUGUGGCUGCCUCUACAGUUGAGACAAUCAGGACUCAGAAGUUGUACAUGGAACACCUUGGCCGGUAUUCUGUUUUUAGUCUCAAUUAGAGAAGAGCCUUUAACUCAAGGGAAUGGGCAUUAGUGUUGACUUACUUUUCAGCCAUUCCUCCAAUGAGUCUUCUCUCUCAUUGAGAUUAAUAAAAGGGACCUGGCCAUUUGUGUAGUCCUCUGGGUUGGGCCACAUACACUUGCAAAUUGUAUCACAUGUAGGGAGGUCUCCCAAGUUUUCUUUUUCACAAGUUUGUUUGUUUUGCUGCAUAAGUUAAGAAAGUAACUCAGGAUAGGCUAGUAACACUCCAGAUAUACCAGAGCAUUGCAGGACAGAUCCUGUUUGCCUAAAGUUUGCAAGACGGAGAUUCACAGUGGAUUGUGCCAGUUGUGAUCAGAUGACUACUUUGGCUUCAUUUGCACUUACCAUCACCACCCUGUCUUCAAAUGUCCUUCUUCAAAGUUGUCCAUUCCUUGUAACGUCAUAAAUUACUAGUUCAUCUAUAUAUUGUUGCUGCUUUGCAAGCAAUCUUGUUAGAAAAGGCAUUGGCUUUU